AUGGCGACGUGUGGUUCCUACUGGGACGAGCUGGCAGACAUCGCCGACCUGGAGGGCUCCGAGCUCUGGAGCGAGGAGUACUUUGGCGGCGAUGGAACUGGGGCCAACAACUGCGUCGAGACAGGCCCCUUUGCCAACCUGACGCUGCGCUGGACGCGCGAGGGCACGGUCGACGAGAGCUGCCUGACGCGCCGCUUCAGCAACCGCAGCCUGGCGUCCACCAGCCAGACCAACAUCAACGCGUGCAACACGAUUACCAACUACACACAGGCCUGGAACUGCUGGUCCGGCGGUCCGCACAGCGGCGGGCAUAGUGGUGUUGGCGGUAUUAUGAGCGAUGCGACGCUCUCCCCUGGCGACCCAGUUUUCUACUUGCACCACUCCUGGCUCGACAAGCUAUGGUGGGAGUGGCAGAAGCUCGACCUGCCCACCCGAUACACUGACAUGGGCGGCCCGAACAUUCCAGGGGGCCGCGGUGGUGGCGGUUUUCCGGGAGGUCCACAAGGAGGAACUGGUCCUGAGUUCACUGACUACUUCGGCGACAACGGGAACAUUACCACGCUCAACCACAGGCUCUACAUGUCCGAGAUAUACCCCAACGUCACCAUCGGCGACGUCAUGGACCUCAAUGGCGAUGUCAUUUGCUCUGAGUACAUUAAUGUUGAGUAG